AUGUUAUGGCGUUGCUUUGCCAUCACGGACAGGCGCAUGCGGGCCAAGGCGUGGGGUCCGGCUGACUUAACCGCUUCGAACGCAUACUUCUGGACGGCUCAGGGAAUUGGCGUCCGAGACCUCGGCCAAACCCGUUAUUGUGACGCUUCAGGGAGUGCAAGCUCUCUAUACGAUGACGAGAGCGUUGUGAGCAAAACGUUUGCGGGCACUGCCGCCAUCGACACCAUAUUCUUUGGGCUUCUACGAGUGUGGGCGACGUUCUGGUUGACUGAUGGUUAUUCAUAUGCCACCGAGAACAGCGGUAUCGCACUCAUGAAGACUGGCAGCUCGACGUUUAAUCUUUCGAGGCCGGGGUCAAUAUCCCAGCUAGAGGCGCAGCCUAUGACCUCCAUUGGCCUUCUUGGUAUGGGAACGCCGUCAUCUGCCCCCGAGAGACGCUUUCAUUCAACUAACAGUUGGCGCGGCUGGGUCUUCUGCAUCCUUUAUAUCCUACCAGUAGUCCGUCUUUGGGUCCUCUGCGUCACAUACCUGCUCCCUUUCUCCAACAGCGAGAGCCUCACAAUCACGACCCUCCUACUUGUUGCAUUCUAUCUCUUCUUCCUCUCGGCCUCUCUUGUUAUUUACACUUUCUACUUCGUACGUGGUCCUUCAAUGAGCACCAUUAUCCCCUGCAAAACCUCACUUUGGUAUAAGAUCUAUACGUCUAAGGCGCCGUAUAUUAAAGAAAGAUUAUAA